AUGGCUCCCUCUGUGAUCUCCGAGCAACUGGCUACGCCCCAGGCGGACACCACCCCUCAGACCCAAGUCACCCUUGGUAGAAAGGUUAUUGCUAUUACUGGCGCCAACCGCGGAAUCGGUCUAGGUAUUGCCGAGUGCUGCCUUUCCAACGGCGCGGCCAAAGUCUACUCCAUCGACAUAGGCGAGACCGGAGAGGACUUCGCUGCUGUGUCCAAGCGCUACCCCGGCCAACUCUUCGCUGUCACCGCUGAUGUGACCAACGAAUCGACUAUCACCGCUGCGAUCGAUAAGAUCAUCGAGGAGGCCGGUGCUCUGCACGGAAUGGUGGUGAACGCGGGACGUACCCACCAUAAGGCCGCACUCGACUUCACCAAGGAGGAGAUUGAGAGCCUGUUCAACGUGAACCUCUUCGGGGCUUUCUACACUGCACGCGCCGCUGCCCGUGCAUUUAUCAAGCUCGGAAUCAAGGGAUCUGUUGUCUUCACAGCAUCAAUGGCCUCUUACCGCCCCAAUAAGCGCGUCCCCUCCACUCCCUACGGCGCGUCGAAGGCCGGCGUUCGCAACAUGACCCACACUUUGGCAAUGGAAUGGGCACAGUACGGCAUCCGUGUCAACAGUGUAUCACCUGGCCUGGUUAAGACCGCCAUGACAUACUGGGUACCUCAGCAGCCGGACUGGGAACAGCAGCUGAAGUACUAUGGUGGUUUCCCUCGAUUGGCCGAGGUGCAGGAACUCGGUGGUGCCUACGUGUACCUUCUUAGCGACGCCGCUAGCUAUACUACCUCCAUUGACAUUCCGGUGAACGGUGUGAUUGGCAUUUGCUAA